AUGGCGAAGUUUGUGACACCCGUGAUCCAGGACAACCCCUCCGGCUGGGGUCCGUGCGCCGUCCCCGAGCAGUUCAGGGACAUGCCCUACCAGCCCUUCAGCAAAGGAGACCGCCUGGGAAAGGUGGCUGAUUGGACGGGAGCCACGUAUCAGGAUAAAAGAUACACAAACAAAUACUCGUCGCAGUUUGGUGGCGGGAGUCAGUAUGCAUAUUUCCAUGAGGAGGAUGAGACCAGCUUCCAGCUGGUGGAUACAGCCCGAACGCAGAAAACGGCGUACCAGAGGAACCGCAUGCGGUUUGCACAGAGGAACCUUCGGAGAGACAAGGACCGUCGGAACAUGCUGCAGUUCAGCAUGCAGACGCUGCCAAAGAGCGCCAAGCAGAAGGAGAGAGAUCGUUUGCGCCUACAAAAGAAGUUUCAGAAGCAGUUUGGAGUGAGGCAGAAGUGGGACCAGAAAUCCCAGCAGAAGCCUCGUGACUCCUCUGUUGAAGUCCGCAGUGAUUGGGAGGUGAAAGAAGAGAUGGAUUUUCCUCGGCUGAUGAAGAUGCGCUACCUGGAGGUGUCGGAGCCGCAGGACAUAGAGUGCUGCGGAGCCCUAGAGUACUAUGACAAAGCCUUCGACCGCAUUACAACGAGGAACGAGAAGCUACUGAGGAGCAUUAAGCGCAUCUUCCAUACCGUCACUACUACUGAUGACCCAGUUAUCCGAAAGCUGGCCAAGACCCAAGGGAAUGUGUUUGCCACAGAUGCCAUCCUGGCCACACUGAUGAGCUGCACUCGCUCCGUCUAUUCCUGGGACAUCAUUGUCCAGAGAGUUGGAUCCAAGCUUUUCUUUGACAAGAGGGACAAUUCAGAUUUUGAUCUCCUGACGGUGAGUGAAACAGCCAAUGAACCACCGCAGGAAGAAGGCAACUCCUUUAAUUCUCCACGCAACCUUGCCAUGGAAGCUACCUACAUCAAUCAUAACUUCUCGCAGCAGUGUCUGAGGAUGGUAAGGUUGGGCAGUGCCGGGUG